ACCAAAAAUAUAUAAAAAUGCCGAUGUUACAAGAUCCAUCCACAAAAUACAAGAAAUUUACUCCGACAAUCAAACUUGAUGAUAGGACUUGGCCUUCAAAGACAUUAGAGAAGGCACCUAUUUGGUUAUCGACUGAUUUAAGAGACGGUAACCAAUCACUCGCUAAUCCAAUGUCUAUCGAAGCUAAAACUAGAUUCUGGAAAAUGCUUGUAAAAAUCGGUGUUAAGCAAAUUGAAGCCGCAUUCCCUGCUGCUAGCGAUACAGACUUCAACUUUGUCAGAUCCGUGAUCGAAACUCCAGGAUUAACACCCGAUGAUGUUUGGGUCCAAGUAUUGACCCCAGCAAGAGCCGAUUUAAUAAAGAGAUCUUUUGAAUCUAUCGCAGGUGCUAAGAGAGCUGUCAUUCACAUGUACAACGCCACCUCUCCACUCUUUAGAGAUGUUGUUUUCAGAAACUCACGCGAGGAGACAAUCAAGUUGGCCAGAGAACACUCAGAGUUGGUUAGAUCACUUGCUGAUGAAUAUUCAAGCAAAUAUGGUACUAUCUUCGCUUUCGAAUAUUCCCCUGAAACUUUUACUCAAACUGAAACUGAAUUCGCUGUUGAAAUCUGUCAAGUUGUGAAGAGCAUUUGGAAGCCAACUGCUGAAGUUCCAAUUAUUUUCAACCUUCCAGCUACCGUCGAAGUUGGUACACCAAACACCUACGCUGAUCAAAUAGAGUACUUCUGUAGACACAUCGGCGAAAGGGAAAAAGUUCACGUUUCACUCCACCCACACAAUGACAGAGGUUCUGGUGUUGCUGCUGCGGAACUCGGUCAAUUAGCAGGUGCUGAUAGAGUUGAAGGAUGCGUGUUCGGAAACGGAGAGCGUACAGGAAAUGUUGACUUGGUCACUUUAGCAAUGAACCUCUACAGUCAGGGUAUUAACCCAGGAUUGCAAUUUAAUGAUAUGUUAAGUGUGAUCGACACCGUCACUCAAUGUACCGGUUUACCUGUACACCCACGUCACCCAUACGCUGGUGAACUUGUCUUCACAGCCUUCUCAGGAUCCCACCAAGAUGCCAUCAAGAAGGGUUUCGAAGCUCAGCAAAAAAGAAAGGAGAAUGGCGAUCAUAUUUGGAGUAUGCCAUACUUGCCAAUCGAUCCUGCAGACAUUGGCAGCUCAUAUGAGGCUGUUAUUAGAGUCAACUCACAAUCAGGUAAAGGUGGUAUUGCUUAUCUUAUCAAGCAAAUUCUUGGUAUGGAUUUACCAAGACGCAUGCAAAUUUCAUUCUAUCAAGUCAUUCAACAAUUUUCAGAUGCAACUGGUACUGAAAUCAGUGUAGAUGAUAUCAUAACAACAUUCAAGAAACAGUACUACCUCGAGGAGUUCUCAACAAAGGGUAGAUUAGCAUUGAGAAAUUUCACACUUGAAGAUGCAAGAGCUGGCCCGGGUGAAAAGACACCAUCUGGCAUUGAAGAGAACAGCCGUACAUUUAAGGGAAGGAUAGCAGUUGAUGGUGAACCAAGGGUUGUUGAGGGUGCUGGUAAUGGUGCAAUCACCGCCUUACUUGAUGGUCUCAAGGAACAAUUUGGUGCCAAACUGAAUGUCAAGAGCUACGAAGAACACGCGAUCGGUAAAGGUUCUUACGUACAAGCCGCAUCUUACGUUAACCUUACUGAUCAAUCAGAAAGGGAAUACUGGGGUGUCGGUAUUGACCCUGACGCAGCAGCAUCAGGAUUGAAGGCUGUUCUUAGUGCAGCAUCACAAGCUUGCCAAGAUGACGUCUUCCCAGAAGUUAAACCACUGGCAACGACUGACGCAAUCAAGAACGCGGCAGCUGGUUUAGUUGAGAAUGUAAAACAAACCGUUAACGGUACUAAGUGAUGUCGUAGAUUGAUUCUUUUUUACCAUUUUAUCCCAUAAAUGUGAUGUACUCAUAAAUUCAUUCUUUAUACUCGA